GCCAGGACGCUGGGCGGAAGCGGCGGCGGCGGCGGCGGCAGCGGGUCUCCCCUUCCGGCGCGCGGUGGGUCAGCUGGCGGGGCGAUGGCGGCGGCCGAGGCGGAGUACGAGUCGGUGCUCUGUGUGAAGCCCGAGGUCAGCGUCUUCCGCAUCCCGCCCAGGGCUUCCAACCGCGGCUACCGGGCCUCCGACUGGAAGCUGGACCAGCCGGACUGGACGGGGCGCCUGCGGGUCACCUCCAAGGGGAAAGUCGCCUACGUGAAGCUGGAGGACAAGGUCUCAGGGGAGCUUUUCGCACAGGCUCCGAUCGACCAGUACCCUGGCAUCGCAGUGGAGACAGUCAAUGACUCCAGCCGAUAUUUUGUCCUCCGGAUUCAGGAUGGGAACGGGCGCAGCGCCUUCAUCGGCAUCGGCUUUGGCGACAGAGGAGACGCCUUCGACUUCAACGUGGCCCUGCAGGACCAUUUCAAGUGGGUGAAGCAAGAGACGGAGAUCUCCCAGGAGUCCCAGGAGUUGGACAGCCGGCCCAAGCUCGACCUGGGCUUCAAGGAAGGGCAGACCAUCAAGCUGAACAUUGGGAACAUGCCCACCAAGAAAAGUGGGCCAGCGAAGCCCCGCCCCCCCGGCUCAGGCGGACUCAGCCUUCUGCCCCCACCCCCGGGGGGCAAAAUGGCCGCUCCUGCUCCCCCCCCAGUUCCCCCUCUUUCUUCGACAGCCAUUUCCAACCACGUGACUCCACCCCCCGUGCCCAAGUCCAGCAGUGCUGGCAGCACAGAUAUUCUCCUAGACUUCAACCUGUCACCUUCGGCCGCCUCCAAGGGCCCCCCGCCUGCCCUGCUCCCAGCCACCGCAGAUCUCUGGGGAGACUUCAGCACUGCGCCCAGUGCAGUUCCCAGCCAGCCUGCUCAGCCGUCCAAGUGGGUUCAGUUCUGAAGAAGCAGGAGGGAGGAAACGGAAACGGACCAACGGCCGAGGCAGAGGGACCCACCUGGGCUCUUCAGCCCAAUCCCAACUUCCAGACAAUCCCCGUUUUUGUUGGCGUGCCCGUUCCCUGGGUUCCCCACUGCAUUCCCUCUCUGGCGCAGCAGAACUGCUUCAGAAUCCGCCCCUCCGGGAGCCUUGGAAGAGCGAGGGAGGGAGGAGCGAGGGAGGGGGGACGGCUGAAACCUGGCUUCCUGCCUCUGGUCAGUCCCCGAGGUCUGGGAGGCUGACCAGAAGCUGCUUUUCCUUUGGGGUUCCCAGCCAGGCUCCCUUUCCUUUCCCCUGGGCCCCAGAGAGCAGCCGUCCGGAGCUGCCCCUGCGGCUGAUCUCUGCUCUCAGGAGAACCGGCUCCUCUGGGCUUCCCCUCGUCCUCCUUCCCUCGAAGGCUGGCAGUCGGGGCCUUCCAGAUCCAUUCGUGUGUUCUGUGUUUGGUGAAGCCUCACAAUUUCCCCGGGAUCCUUUCACCCCGCCCAGUUCUUGUCAGAAAAGGUCACUUCCCAGGUCGGGCGUGGCUGCAGCCCCCAAGCGGCUCUCCUGCUCCCAUCUCUUGUGUGGGUGACGGCUGUGGAUCUCCCUCAACCGGCUCCCUUCUGAACCUGGUGUGUUUUGCCCGGCAGGGAGGGAGGACUGGGCCAUGAAGCCCUUUCUGGCAGAUGCGUCUCUGUGUCUCCCCCUGGUGUCUUUUUGGGGAUUUGCGCAGCUCUGCCCUUCUCCUCCUCCUCCGCCUCCUGCCAUUGGCGAGCUAGAAUGGCUCUGGACCAGCUGCUUUGCUUGGCCCCUGUGGCACUCUUGAUUCGUUUCCCCCUCCCCCCGGAGGCUCGUGACCCCCUUGGGCAGUAAUGCUUAACGCUGCUGUCGUCUCAGCUCUCGCCUGUGCAUGUCCUGGGUGACCCCCGUGGUUUGGUGCUUCCCCUGUGGGUAGUUUUUAAGUGAGCAAGGCCCUUCCAGGCACCCUCUCUGUGUUCCCUCCCUUCUCCGCUCCCGGCCACCUCUGGAUCUCCUUGGCAGAGGAGCAGCAGGGACCUGCUCCGUUGGCAUCAGGCGGAAGGCCGCCAGGAACGAAAUGCACUUUCUUAAAAAAGGAAAGCGGGGGCCUCCUUGGCCAGGCUCCCCAUAGGCACCCCCUCCCCCGAGGUUUCCUUCGAUCCCUGGCAGGCGGCAGGCGAGGGUCAGGCGUUGGGCUGCAGCUCCCGGAAGGACCCAAUUCCCCCUGGAGGGAGGGAGUCGUAGCCCAGCUGGGAAGCCCCCCUGGGGCCUGGCUGGCCCCUCUCCCUCCUUGGCAGGUUCCCCUGGCCACACACACACCCCCCAGCCUCACGCAAUGACCCACCUUCCUAGGUUGGCUGAUUGGGAGGCUCUCCCUCUGUGUGUGCGCGUGUUUUCUUACGGCUAGUAUUACCUAAAUAAUAUAUUAUGUAUUGUCACAAACAGAAGUCAUGCUCACCUGUGUGUAUAUAAAGUAUACGGUGUUCUGGUUCAACAAAUAGCAAAUAAAAUGAGAAUGAAACCUGA